CGAUGCCCGCUUGCUGCGUGAGAAGCUGGAGCGGGGCGUGAGCCGGCACGAGGCCACGGAGCUGGACGUCAACGGCAGGAACGGGCUCAUGGUCGCCUGCUACCAGGGCUUUGUGGACAUCGUGCCUCUGCUGCAAAAAUGCCCCUACGUAAACGUCAACCACCAGGACAACGACGGCAACACCGCGCUGAUGGUGGCAGCCCAAGCAGGACAUAUCACAAUAGUCAACUACCUGCUGAACUACUACCCGGCUCUGGAGGUUGACAAGCGAGAUUUCCGUGGCCUCACCGCCCUGAUGAAGGCUGCGGUGCAGGGGAGGAAGGACUGCGUGACAGCCCUGCUCCUGGCCGGAGCGGACCUGCAGGCGGUGGACCACGUCAAGGGGAAGACGGCCCGGGACUGGGCGGCGUUCACGGGGCGCUUCGAGACCAGCGUGCGGAUCCGGAGCCUCCUGCGGCGCCCGCGCGCGGAGCAGUUCAGCAGCCGCUACCUGCCGCAGUGGCCGGCGCUGGCCGAGCUGGUGGCCAAGGCGCUGAGCCCCAAAUCCAGAGGCGAGCGGCUGGCUGAGAAGAUCCGCUCCGCGUUCACCUUCCGCAUCCCGCACGACCCCAGGGAGGAUGGCGUGAUGGACCACAUGGUCAGGAUGACCACCUGCCUCGCCAGCCCCUUUGUGGCCACCGCUUGCCAAACCAUCUGCCCCGACAGCCCUCCAGAAGUUGGGAAGCGCAGGCUCUCCGUGCCGGAGAUCCUCAAGGAAUACCCAGCGGACCAGGAGCCCGAGGAAGAAACCAGCUCAUGCUCCAGCGCCGGGGGAUCCUCCUGCGACGGCCAAGCGGUGUCGGAGAUCAGGUUGAUGUCAACCUAUCGCCCCGUCACCGGCCUCCGGAGCUUCCUGCCCUGGCGGCUGCUCUGGAGGAACAGCGUCUUCCCUGGGGAGCAAAUCCCCCAGAUCAAACUGAGCAAGCCGUCCUCGCCGCCCGCGCGCAAGGAGAGGCGGCAUCGCUCCAGGGACAAGAACCUGCUGGAGCCACCCAAGUGGCGGUACAAGGAGCUCAAGGAGGAGAAGAGAGCGGCUGAGGAAGCAGCGGGUGGGAAGAAGAAGAAAGGGAAGAAGAAGCCCUAA